AUGAAAGAAGCAGAGCAACUGCUAAAUUCCUUUUCAGAGAACGCAGAAACUACUCCUAAGGAUUUGAUUAAGGACAUUAAUGAAAAAAUACGACCUUUUCAACAAAUAGUUAAGAUAACUAAUGAUGAGCUUACAACCGAAGAAGUUAUUGUGUUUCUUUCCCUUGGCUGUGAUGAUGCUACAAAGGCGCAAAAUGUAUUUUCCAAAACUGAACUCGAAUACUUCAGAAUUUUGAUAGAGCAAAUAAUGACUACAACGAGUAGGAAAAUCACUGGAAUACAAGCAAUAAAUUUAGUUGCCAAAAUGAACACCUCUUUCACCAAGACAGAUGCACAGAACCUACUUGAUGUUUGGUGUCGUAUGCAUUACCUGGCUCAAGAUGAAACUAACUAUGCACUGGGAGUGAGAGGUAUUCAUGAAUUUGAAAGUUAUUUAAGGCAAAAUAUGCCAGAUACCAUUGAAGAGUGUUGCCUGUGUAAGCAGAUUGUAUUUCGAGGCUAUAACUGUCCUGCUUGUGAAUUGGCUGUUCACACGCAAUGUUUAAACAAAUACUUAGAAAAGAUAUCAAAGUGGCCUUGUUGCAAAAUAGACUUUUCUCAUUCCCAAUUGGAGAAUUUAAUUUGUGAAGGGUCAAUGCAAACACAAAACUUGGAGCAGACACAGAGAUCAGAAGUGUAUGAUACCGUUGUUGAAAGGGAAACGCAAGAAGAUUCAUCGAUAGAGGAAGAGCAGGGCACACAGGAAAUCAUACCUGAGAUAUCGCAGAGAGUUACACGAAAAAGGAAACGACAAGAAAAC